CAAGUUCGUAGCAAAGGUAUUGAGGACUCAUAUACGGGAGAAAACGGCACUUGAAGUAUUGAGCAGCUAUUGUGGGGAAUUCCAUUUGUGCGCUUCGCAUAGCGUGGUUGACUUGGGCUAUUGCGCGUAGCUGACAGCCAGCGUCAACUUUCUGUGGACAGAUGGCCUCGAGCUCUGAGUCAGACAUUAGCUCAAGCUGCUGUGAUCAAGAAGUUACACACACAGAUACACCGAAGAAUAACAAGGGUCCAAAGGUCGCUUCCGUUUCUUCUGCUUGGGGGUUGCCGGAACCAGUUCUUCGCGUAGGAAAUCGUACUAUCUUUACGCAUGGACGUCCACCUUGGUAUAAUGCUGAAGGACAAACUCAACAGCCUUUUGUAAUCGGCAUAUGUGGAGGUAGUGCAAGCGGUAAAACAUCUGUUGCCCGCGUAAUUAUUGAAAGUUUGGAUGUACAGUGGGUCAGUUUAAUAAGUUUGGACUCAUACUACAAGGUUCUUACACCAGAGCAAAGACUUCAAGCUAUUGCUUGUCAUUACAAUUUCGAUCAUCCAAGCGCUUUUGAUCUUGAUUUAUUGGAAAAUCAUUUACGCAGGUUACGCGACGGUAAAACUAUUGAAGUACCUGAAUAUGAUUUUAAAACCCAUUCUCGUACUUCUAAAACGAAUACUGUCUACGGAGCUAAUAUUAUUAUCAUUGAAGGAAUUUUGGUAUUCUAUUCGCAAGCUGUGGCCAAACUAAUGGAUUUGAAGGUAUUUGUUGAUACAGACGCAGAUGAACGCUUAUCUCGUCGUCUUCGUCGUGAUAUUAGUGAACGUGGUAGAGAAUUGAAUAGCGUACUAGAACAAUAUAUGCGUUUUGUCAAACCUUCCUAUGAACAAUUUAUUGCUCCAAGUAUGGCUCAAGCAGAUAUUAUUGUUCCAAGAGGUGGAAAAAAUGUUGUCGCUCUGCAACUUAUCGUUCAACACAUCAAUAAACGUUUAAAACAGUGUGGACUACGAAGCAGACAUGAAUUCGCUAAAUUCCCGUUCAUACUUUCUAAUGGUGCAUUACCAACAGAUUCCAAUGAUACAACUUGGGAGAACAAUAAUUCAACUGGUGUAAAUAAUACAGUAGAUGAUGUUUUUACAAUGAACAACCAUCUGUAUGAUAACAAGCAAUAUACUACUAAUGGUACAUCUGAUAAAGUGUGUCUCCCACCUCAAGUUCAUGUAUUACCUUCCACACCUCAAAGACUUGGUCUGCAUACAUUAAUUCGUGAUCGGAGCACCAAUCAAGAUGCAUUUGUUUUCUAUGCCGAACGUUUGAUGCGUCCUUUAUGUGAAGCUGCAAUGAAUCUACUUCCGCAUAUGGAUAUAGAUAUCGAGACUCCUCAGGGUAUCACUUAUCGUGGUCGGAAAUUAGCCACUGGCACUCAAAUAUGUGGUGUAUCUAUUCUAAGAGCAGGUGAAGUACUUGAACCGGCUUUAUGCGCUGUGUGUAAAGAUAUCCGUUUGGGCAAAAUUUUGAUACAAACUAAUCCAGUCACAUCUGAACCUGAAUUACACUACAUUCGUUUACCUCGAGACAUUAAAGAUUGUUUUGUUAUACUCAUGGAUGCCACUGUGGCUACUGGAGCGGCUGCUAUAAUGGCUAUGCGUAUAUUAGUGGAACAUGAUGUACCAGAAGAUAAAAUUAUUCUCAUCUCCUUAAUAAUGGCUAGUCAAGGUGUACAUUCUGUUGCUUAUACAUAUCCAAAGGCUCACAUUGUAACUACUGCUGUAGAUUCAGGCUUGAAUGAUAGUUAUCACAUUGUUCCAGGUGUUGGAAAUUUCGGUGAUCGCUAUUUUGGUACUACUCUGGAUCUAGAAACAAGAUAAUGAAUCUAAUUGUUUCUUUUCUUCAUGACAUUCUGCAACACUUUUGCCAAUUUGAGUGAGCUUUCUUUUUGUCGUUUACUACUUAUAUAGUCAGGAACCUUUCUUGUUGGUUUUAGUCUGAUUUUUUAUUAAUUCUUUUCUUUAAAGAGUUUUUGUUUUGUUUUUUCUGACAGAUUUGUUCUGGAAAUAUACUUUCACUACAACACUAGCUUGAUAUCCUUGUCUAGUCCGCAUCUCUAUACUUGUUUCAUUCAUUGCAAUUUGUUAUACUCUCCUGCAUGUAGUUUUGUUAUUCCGUCUGACAAAUUGAUUUAUAGUUAGUGUGUCAAUUUAAUUGAAUUCACUGAUAUCUUUUUGAUGUAUAUUUGUACUUUAUUGAUUAUUUUUGUCUUUUUUUUUACCAUAUAGUUGUUUUCUUCCCAAUUGACAAGGAAGAAGCAAAUUUAUUUUCUUUGUAAUAUAUGUAUGUAUUACAAAGAAUUUACUUUAAUAAUAUACUAAUUAUUUAUUGUGUACUAAAGGUUUUAAUAUUUUGUUGUUUAAUCUUAAUUUUCUUUUACAAAUAUUUCUGUUAUUGUAAUACACUGAUAAUUUCCUACCUUAUUCAUCCUAUUCACUAUUUUUCUUUAGAAAAAAAAUACGUCUAUUUUAGUUUCUACUGUUGCUGUUGACGAUGACGAUAAAGUUAAUGUGAAACAUCUUUUUCUAUAUAAAGUGUGUUCAUAUGUCAUUUUAUGUCCUAUAUGCAUAUAUGAAGCGGUA